AUAUCUGCACAGAAAUGGUUCCUCUUUUGGAACCUGACACUAGUGGCAGUACAACGGAAUGUUAUAUACCGACUAUUGACUCGUUUCAUCCUUUCUCGUCGAUAUACGCAUCAAAUUUUCCCAGAGAAAUUUAAUUCCGCCCAAUGCCAAAUCUGUUUGUCUUCGAUUGAAUCAUCAAAAUAUGUACUUUUUUACUGCCCCUCGAAGGCUAACAUUUGGAAAGCUAUUAUCUCCGAAUUUCUUGGGCUUACGACCAGCAUAUCAAAUACAAUCGCUGCAAUUUUUACUUUGAACUUCCAAACCAUCUCAUACUUCCAAAAACCAAAUUUAACGGUACAGAACGUUAUCCUCUACACCUUGGCCAACAUUUGGAAAUCACACUUUCGUAGUAGCUUCGACUCCAUACAUUUCCUCUGGCCUGUAGUUGUGCAACAGAUUUGUGCAGACCUCUCAUCGUUUCAAGCUGAAAACUCCCUUCAAAACCUGUUAUAA